CCCGUUUGUGUUCCUGGAUAAUGGUUCCAACGCUUCAGCACGUUCGUCGGAUUUCGUAAUUAAAAGCUCCCGAAGACACAUUGUACGUCUAGGCUCAUUGAUUAAUCUCUUCUUACCUAGCCUUGGUACGUCAUACGUCACAUAGUAUCAUUCCACGUAGAUCUAGCACUUGGGAUUGUGAGGGUCCAGUACACAGCAAGGACCAAACGCCCUGUGCGGUUUUUCUCCCGUCCAUCUCUCGUGAUCUCGUUAUACAACUAGUCGGACAGCAGACUAAGAAAUGCAUAUUUCUCUCAGUGGCGCCCAUUUUUCGGGGCUGGAUUGCGACACGAGUUACCACAAUCAGCUUUCAUUAAUCUAUAUAUAUAAAAAUGAAUUGCUGUUCGUACAAUCAGCUUUCAUUAAUCUAUAUAUAUAAAAAUGAAUUGCUGUUCGUUAGUCUCGCUAAAACUCGAGAACGGCUGAACGGAUUUAUCUUAUCUUAGUCUUGAAAUGUUCGUGGAAGUCUAGGGAAGGAUUAAAAGGCGAGAAAAAAUUGAAUAAUUGCCGGGAAUACCUUAAAAAAAGCGCUUUUCUAUUUCCCAUACAAAUCUUUUCUAAAUAAAAUGUAGAGUCAAUUUGAACUUUAUUGCUAUUUAAUAGAGUUCAAAUCACUGUUGUCUAAGCAAUUUAGUUGUGUUCUUAACGUCAAAGAGUCUAAUGUCGCGUUCCGAAACUAAGCAAAAGUGAAUCGCGAACGCGAUAAAAUUGCAUAGUCACUAAAUGUAAUAAAUCAUUAGUAGUACUGAUUUUUAAUCAAUUUGGUUGGCUUCGCCAAACUUAAUAUUAGCUAACUUCAGUUAUUAGGUAAUGUGUCAGAUUAUUUUUUUAAGUUUGAUAAAUCUUAAGUUUUGUCACAAACUAUGUUUCUGAACGCAAUCAAAGAGUCUAAUGUCGCGUUCCGAAACUAAGCAAAAGUGAAUCGCGAACGCUAUAAAAUUGCAUAGUCACAAAAUGUAAUAAAUCAUUAGUAGUACUGAUUUUCAAUCAAUUCGGUCGGCUACGCCAAACUUAAUUUUAGCUAACUUCAGUUAUUAGGUAAUGUGUCAGAUUAUUUUUUUAAUUUGAUAAAUCUUAAGUUUUGUCACAAACUAUGUUUCUGAACGCAAUCAAAGAGUCUAAUGUCGCGUUCCGAAACUAAGCAAAAGUGAAUCGCGAACGCUAUAAAAUUGCAUAGUCACAAAAUGUAAUAAAUCAUUAGUAGUACUGAUUUUCAAUCAAUUCGGUCGGCUACGCCAAACUUAAUUUUAGCUAACUUCAGUUAUUAGGUAAUGUGUCAGAUUAUUUUUUUAAUUUGAUAAAUCUUAAGUUUUGUCACAAACUAUGUUUCUGAACGCAACCAUUUACAAUAUUCUAUGAGUGCAUCCUUCUAUCUUUGUGAGUGAAUCCCCCGCCUCUUGCCAUCUAUACUGAAAAAUCCAAAGACUUAUCCAAUUUUAUAUAAUUACAUAAUUAAUACAUUUAAAGAAAUUUAAAACCCAUAUCUGUGCUACCAACAAAAUAUCAAGAUUACUGCCUUAAUGCUAAGAAAACUGUUUUGUAAAAAAAUUUGUGAAAUAAAUGAUUGGCUCGAAUGCUAUAAGCAGAGCCGUAAAAACUUUAUUAAAAAAAAAAAAAAUCUUCGAGAGUGACGAUUACCGCUACGUGCGCGAGAACUUUCUUUACUUUUGUGAUCCUUUGUGAUAGUGACAUUCAAAGUAGUGUGCUCUUUUUUUGUUGAUAGUUUGUGAUAGUGACACUUUACUGUUAAGUGAGCGCGAAAUUUUCUCACUUUGAUUAAUUACGUUACGAUGCCGAGGAGAAGACGACCUGACUUAGGUCGUCGCAGUCAAUCAAAUGUGCGAAGAGCUACCUCACGUGCUAACCGCACUGAUGACCAGAGAGAGACAGAUCAAGAAAAUAGUCGUAUUGCUAUGUCAGAAUUGCGUUAGUUAGUGAGUGACAAUGAAGUAGAUAGGCUUAGAAUGUCACGAGUUCGUGCACAUCAAACACAACAACAGCAAGCACGACAUAAUGAAAAUGAGCGAAUCCGCAGACGCAGUGCUUCUGUGAUUCUUGAACGAGCUGCAUUCCACUAUGAUCCGGCAAUUGAUUAUUGUGCCGACAAAUCGGUAACAAUUGGGGAAAUGAAAAUAAUUUGUAAAUAUUGUAAGGCGUUAAAAUACACUGGUGAAUCUGCGGGAUUAUGUUGUGCUGGAGGCAAAGUAAAAUUGCCACAAUUGGUCCUACCACCAGAUCCUUUACGCUCUUUAGUUUCUGGGAUUGGAAAUGAUUCUAAGCACUUCUUGGCCAACAUUCAGAAAUAUAACAACUGUUUCCAGAUGACAUCAUUUGGCGCUACACAUAUUAUACAGCACAAUUUCAUGCCCACAUUCAAGAUACAAGGACAAAUUUAUCACUUACUGGGGGCACUGUUACCACUACCUGAUGCAGAUCAUCAAUUUUUACAAAUUUAUUUUAUGGGCAAUUCAGAUGCGGAAGUUGAUAAUCGUUGUGCUCACAAUCCAACAGUGAAGAGAACCAUUGUCCAAGAAUUACAAAUGUUUCUUCAUCACAAUAACAAUUUAGUAAACAUGUUCAAAAUAGCAUUGGAUCGGAUGCCAUCUGAUAGCCAUAAUAUUAUCAUUCGAGCUGACAAAACACCUGCCGGUGAACACACAAGGAGGUUUAAUUCACCUACCAUUGAUGAAGUGGCUGUUGUCAUUGUGGGAGAAAAUUUACAAUCUAGAGAUAUUGUGCUUCAUCGUCGGAAUAGUAAUUUAAAACGUGUAUCUGAAACACACAGGAGCUAUGAUGGAUUACAAUAUCCUUUGAUCUUCUGGCAGGGGGAAGAUGGAUACCAUUUUAAUAUCAAAAUGGUAAAUCAAGUAACAGGUGCUGAAACCAACAAAAAAGUUAGUGCUAUGAAUUUCUAUUCAUACAGACUCAUGAUCCGUCAAGGUGAAAUAAAUCAUAUUUUGUUGUGUCAACGACUUUUUCAUCAGUUUGCAGUUGACGUGUAUGUUAAAAUUGAGACUGAACGAUUAACAUACAUCCGUUUGAACCAACGACAGCUACGAUUAGAGGAAUACAUUUAUCUCCGCGAUGCUAUAAAUGCCGAUGGCAAUGUGAAUAAUGUAGGAAGAAUGACAAUUUUGCCAGCCACUUAUAUAGGAAGCCCACGCCACAUGCACGAAUAUGCUCAGGAUGCUAUGUCAUAUGUUAGGCAUUAUGGCCGCCCAGACUUAUUUGUUACAUUCACAUGUAACCCAAAUUGGUCCGAAAUCAAGAGGGAAUUGCUACAUAACCAAACACCAGUUAAUAGACAUGACAUAAUUGCCAGAGUAUUCAAACAAAAAUUAAAAUCUCUCAUGAAUUUCGCAAUAAAGCAUUGUGUGUAUGGCCGAGUCCGUUGUUGGAUGUACUCUGUAGAAUGGCAAAAGCGUGGAUUGCCACAUGCGCAUAUUUUACUCUGGUUAGUGGACAAAAUAAGGCCAGAUGAGAUUGAUUCCAUAAUAUUAGCUGAAAUUCCAGAUGAAACAGUUGACCCAAAAUUGCAUGCAGUAGUUACCAAACACAUGAUACAUGGACCUUGCGGACUUUUCAACUACAAUUCACCCUGUAUGGUCGACGGCAAGUGUUCCAAGCGAUACCCAAGAGACCUGCUUGCUGAAACCGUAACGGGAAAUGAUGGAUACCCAUUGUAUCGUCGGCGAUCAGUUGCGGACAAUGGGCGAUCGGUAGUUGUAAAGGUAAGAGGACAAAAUCUUGAUGUAGACAAUCGUUGGAUUGUGCCAUACUCGCCAAUAUUGUCCAAAACUUUCGAGACUCACAUCAAUGUGGAAUAUUGUAACUCUGUAAAGUCGAUAAAGUACAUAUGUAAAUAUGUUAACAAAGGCAGCGAUAUGGCUGUCUUCGCUGUAACCAAUGCAAAUGAUGAAGUAUCACAGUACCAGAUGGGGACUACUAUCUUAAUGCAGGUAAGUUCGGCAACCUUGUUUUUGCUGUCAAUUUGUACUAUGAAGUCGUGGUGUUUCUGUUUCUUUAGUGAAUUUCGUCUCGAAGACUUUCUUAAUCACCAGGUUGGCUUUUUUUCGGCUAGCAGUUCUUUUUCGAUGUCUCCGGCGCUGAUGCCACCAGUGAUGCCUUUAAGGACCAUUGGCUUUGGCUUGCAGUGCUUUGGCGUGUGUGAAAAAUACUUGAUAUCACGCUCGUCCAUCUGCAAUUUCAUCUUCGGAUGGGCAUUCAUGUCAUCCGUGGUGACUGUUCUGAAGAUACUAUCACGCGGUAGUCUCAGUCUAACUGUAUUUUUAUGUAUACCGGUACUUUCUAUGAUGUUUAUCAGUCCUUUCAUGUUGACCCUGUUGUUCGAGACAAACAGGGAUGUCACUACUUUUUUAGUAUUAAUCCCAGGGGUAGGUGCCUGUUCGUCGUCAUGUUCCAUCAGCCUGUUCUCUUCUUUAUUAUCUAGACGGAUUAGGGGUGAGACCGGGUUGUUGACCGGUAUGUUGUUGGUUUUCACCUGAUUCGGGGACAUGCGACCUUUUUCAGCGGUUUCCCAUUUUCCGUUAUUCGGUGCCUUCUCCGUAAAUUGUGCGUUUUUGAUGUCACUGUAAAUUCGCUUCCAUGUGCUGUGAGUUGGUAUCAGUGACGGCUGAUUCGCAAUCUCGCAAAAAUGAAUCAAUCAUUCAUUCAAACCAAUUCUCUUCCUUUGUAGCUGACCCCCCUUCACCACAAAUCAAUAAGUUUUCCCGAGCAGUUUCAGAGUGAUCUGUUGUUUUAGCGGGGAGUGAUUUGUAAUAUGCGAUUGCGUUCACACAGACGUCACACAAGCAUGGAAAAAUAAGUAGUGGUGCAGGUUGCUGGGAUACCCUUAACAUCCGUUUAUUUCACCUGCGCACAGCAGUGAUUGAAAAGAAUCCUAAGUAGCUACGGUAAUGUGGGAAAUCGGUAGAGUAUUAACGUAUCGACCAGGCAAAUUAUCCAGCACAGCUCAGAAAGAGGCGUACAUUUCUCUUUGGCAGCUAGUGGCGUUGAACUUCAAACGAU